GACAAAAGAGAAAGCAAUGGGAUCGAUCUCCUCAGACUCCAUGGAGAGAGGACCUUACUCAUCUAUUCCUUUGGAAGAGGAAGAGGAGGACGAUGACGAGGAAGAGGAAAAGGAAGAGAAGGCAUGGUUAAUGCGAAAUAAGGAUGGAGAAGAUUAUUACGUUGAUUUGGUGACGGAAGAGAGGGAAGGGGUGGAAUGGAACUCCGAGUUCGAGCCUAUAGAGCAUCCAAUGGAGCCGUUGGAAGAAGACCAGCCUGCAAAGUGCCCAAAUCCUAUGCUUGAUUCAUCAAUUCACAGCGUAAGAGAGAUAUCUAUGAUGCUCUCCUAUUUCAACUGAGCUUGAUUGCCCACUAUGUUUAUUCUGUGAAACCAAAGCCGUUUUUAUGCUAGUUGAAAGGCUGUUCAUUUGUUAUGUUUGUUCGCAACAGAUUGACACAGCCAGGGUCAGAUUGACCUUGUUCCUUUA